AUGAGUCUAAAGGAUAUAAACAAUAUUGCUGAGAUCUCUUCGAAGAACUGCCCAGAUGACACAAUGCUUGAAGAAAAUCUAGUUUCCAGGCUUUUAACCAGGCCUAAGUACACAGACGACUUUGCAGAAACUAAUGAGGCCACAUCAAACAUUUUUGGGCUUCAAGACAGCUUGGAACAAGGCCAAAUGAGCAACUGUAGUGAAUUUCCCCUCUCCAGCAAUGACAUCUCAACAAGUUCCUUACAGUGCCACUUGGUCAAUCUAAAGCAGCAGAUGGACAGGCAGAAGGCAGAGUAUGAAACUAAGCUUUCAAGCCUGGAGCAACGGAACAAAGAAUUGCAGUUAGAGAUAAAGGAUCUGCAUUCAAAACUGGGUCAGCAACGGAGGUGGUAUCGGUUGGUGGAAAUUAAAAUGCGCAAUACAGAGAGAGCAUGUGAAGAUGCUGAGAGAAGGAAUGAAACUCUUCAGAGGGAAAUGGAAGAGUUUUUUGAUACUUUUGGGGAAUUAACAAAUGAAAUAAAGGUACCAGAGCAAACUAGUCAGAGCUUUUAG